GGCGCCCCGCGUGACGUCAGCGAUAACGUGACGCCGCGCCACGCCACGCCGCCGUACUUAUCACGAGUCUCCGGCGACGCCGGGCCAGUACUGCGAGUUCCGCUGCGCUGCCAACUACGCCCACCUACGUGUCACUUCACUUGCUGUUCUCCCGGCGCUAAGGACCAGCGACCAGAAUAUGGAGCCAAACAAGAGCCAGCCACCCCCAUAUGGGUUCCAGCCGCCGCCCACGCAGCCACCACCGUACACACAGACACCUCAAGGGCAGCCUUACGGCCCGCCCCCACCACAACCUGGAUACGUCCAACAACACAUCACAGUGGUGGCGCCUCUGUUGCUGGGCACUGAUCCCUGUACAACUGAGUGUCCCGCGUGUCGUGCUACCAUAGUAACCAGGACGUCGUCGAAGCCAUCCACAAACACGCACCUGCUGGCGCUGCUGCUGUGCAUAUUCGGGCUGUGGCCGUGCGUGUGCGUGCCGUACUGUGCUGAGUGUGCGUACGCAGUCGACCACUUCUGCCCCAACUGCAACGCCUACAUCGGCCAGUCGAUGGCGUAACGGCGGGCCGCACCGAGCCUGCUGCGGUGUCGUUCAUGCCAGUCACGUGGAGGGCGGGGACCCGUUUCCGCUCCGAGGGGGCUACGUGCUGAAUCUUCUCCGGCCACGCUGCGAUAUACUCACAGGGCUUGUGGCUGCUAGCCACCGGUACUCUUCACGUACCGUCUACGUGUGCUGAUUCCUAAGUCGUACUGUAUAUUUAUAAGUCACAAUGUUCUAUGUAUUUAUUCAUUUUGUAAAUACUACUAUUAUUUGAAAUAAAUACUAUAUUAUUGCUAAAA